CCCUCCUCACCACUACACCCGAGCUCUUUUCGCCGGCUAUGGCGGCCACGAAAUGGAAGAAGGUCGUUUUUCACAACAAUUUCCACGGAGAUCGCACCCCAUGGCAAGGGCCUCCAACCGACGAGGUCGACAAAGCCUGGGAAAACAGCUACAUCGAUGUUGGCGUGAUUAAAAUCCCAAAGGCGGAUGCCGAUCGUCUUCCGAACCAGACAUUGCCAAUCCCCGGGGAAGAAGAUGGCUACAUUGUCGGGGUGGAAGUCUACCACCAGCUCCAUUGCCUGGACUUGAUUCGGCGGCAUCUUUACCCCGACCGAUACGGAGCGGACACCAAAAUGAGUCCCAAGGGGCGCAUCGAGUACUGGAUCCAUCUCGAACACUGCAUCGACAACCUUCGCCAGACCAUCAUGUGCUAUUCCGACAUCACCACGAUUCCGUGGAAAGUUAACGAGAGGCUGCAAGCCGAGUUCCCGGAUGCACAUACGACGCACAUGUGCCGUGACUUUGACGCGCUGACGGAAUGGAUGCUGCAUCCAGACAGGCACUUUCCGCAGGAAAAGUACCAGCUCAGAGUGGAUGCUCUACGUGCCGGUGCUAGCCAGUGACGGACCAAGGCCAAGGGCAGCUGCUGUGAAUUCUACGAUUGGCGGCACUUGACUUUUGAACUUCCCAUGUAAUUUUGAUGUGCACCACUGCACAUCAGGCCCAUGCAAAGCAACCUGAGAGUAC